GAAGCUAAGACAUUCUGGCCCACAUAUCUGUGGAGCAGUAACCCAUGGAUUCGAGAAGCAAACCGGGGCAUGCUGACAGCCAAGAAAUAUAACCGGAUCCGCGUUUGCACGCUACAGGAGUUGCACAUUCAGCGAAUAGGACUGGCGGCGUAUACGCUCCGGAUUCCAUUGACGUCGGACGCAACAACGCAUCAUACGGCUCCGAAAUUGUGUCGGUGGGCAUUGGCUAUUAUAGCAGGGUCCCCACCGAUAGAUAUCGCAGAGGAACUGCAGGUGCGGCCAACGGUGGAGCUUCGGCAACCACCGAAUCUGCACUAUCAUUACCAUUGGAAAGUC